AUGGACCUGAGCGCUGCCGCGGCGCUCUGCCUCUGGCUCCUUAGCGCCUGCCGCCCCCGGCACGGGCUGGAGGCGGCCGCCGUGCCGAGGGCCCAGGGGGCCGGCCAAGGUGGGGACCCGGGCGGCGGCGGCGGCGCUAGACGGGGCCCAAGCGAGGCGGCCAGCAUGGCUGACGGUCCCCUGUCGCCGUCGGCAGUGGAGGCGGUGGCCAGAGUGACGAGGCUCAGCGCGGGCUCGACGGGCGGGAACCGCUCCUCUCCGUCCGUGGUCCCGCACCAGUUCAUGCUUUCCCUUUACCGGAGCCUGUCCACGAGGGCCCUCGCUCCUGGAGGGGCUCCGGCCCCGGCCCCUGCCUCCGCCACCGCCUCCGCGGGCGGCAACCGACGGGCUCUCGCCGACACCGUCACCGGCUUCGCUGACCAGGCGCCCCCAGACGAUGCCUCCACCGAGACAGGCCAGCGUUUCCUCUUCGACGUGUCCAGCUUGGCAGACGCUGGCGAAGUAGUGGCCGCGGAACUUCGGGUCCUUCGCCGAGCGCCGGCAGCUCGAGAUCGGCCGGCCAAACAGGAGGCGGCGGCCCUGGGGGAGUUCGGGGAGGCCCUGGGAGCGCAGCCCUUCGCCCUGCUCCUGCUUUCCACUUGCCCGGGCGCGGCCCGUGGGCCUCGGCUACUGGCCUCCAGGCCCGCCGGCCCUCUUGACUCGGCGCGUUGGGAAGUGUUUGACGUGGCGGACGUCGUGAGGCAGCACCGGCUCGAGCUGCCCCUUUGCCUUGCGCUGCGCGCGGUGGGCGGCCCCUCGAGGAGCCCAUUGGCCCCCAGGCUCCUGGGCUUGGGGCUGCCCGGGAGCCUGCGGCCGCCGCCCAACGAGCGGGCCCUACUGGUGGUUUUCUCGCGCGCCCGCACGAAAGAGAACCUUUUCCAGGAGCUUCGGGCCAAGGGCCGGGCCCGGGGGCGGCCGGGCGCUGCGCCCUCCGCGGGGCGCAGGAAGCGGCGGACUCCGGGGGCCGGGCCCGGGGUCGGGGCCCGGGUGACGGGAGGGGUUGGGGACCCUGGCGGAGGCAGCGGGAGCCCGAGCGCAGGGCGGGCCCCAGGGCGCAGGGGCCGGAGCCGCUGCGGCCGCAAGCCUCUGCACGUGGACUUCAAGGAGCUGGGCUGGGACGACUGGAUCAUCGCUCCCCUCGACUACGAGGCUUACCAUUGCGAGGGAGUGUGUGACUUCCCGCUGCGCUCGCACCUGGAGCCCACCAACCACGCCAUCAUCCAGACGCUCAUGAACUCCAUGGCACCCGAGGCCGCGCCGCCCAGCUGCUGCGUGCCUGCCAAGCUCAGCCCCAUCAGCAUCCUGUACAUCGACGCGGGCAACAACGUCGUCUACAAGCAGUACGAGGACAUGGUGGUGGAGACGUGCGGCUGCAGGUAG